GGUUAAGUUAAAAAGCUACGAUAAAAACACGUCAACAAAAGCAAUUCCGAAAGCGAAGCCUUUCUAAAGCAGAUGCAAGGAAUUGAAGAAUGACAAGAAAACGCCCAAUGUUCCUGUCGCUACUUUUGACAGUCAUUUUGUUUACAGACCUUAUUUGUGGCAGACCGUCAAAAGGUUGUGCUAAUCAAGUUCGCAGCCUGUCCAGUAAAUCUCGUCAAAAGGGCAGUGAUUCUCAUAUCCCUCAUCCCGGUGAAGCUGAGAGAGUUGUAAAGAAGUCAUCUCUACAGGAUGAUUGUUCAGAGGAUGAAGAAAGCAAAGCCCCUGCAUUGAAAGACAAAAAUAAAAUCAAAAGCCUUCAGACAAGCAUUCAUAAAAACCUGCUAAGGCUCUUUCAUAAACUUAAAAGCGCAAAGCCCGGCAGUGUGAUACCUGAUAGAAAGGAAUUUACGAAUUUUGCAGCGCAAUCGAACCCAGACAGUAACCACCCAGGAGUGUCAACGGGCGUCCCACUUAGCAAAGUCAGAGAUGGAAUUAAGAAUGCUACUAAGUUUAAAGACUUGAACGCUACAACAACACUCAAAGCAAUCGACAAAUUAGUCAGCGCAGUUCUCCCCAACACUACAGCAGGUGGAAACAAUUCAUUUAGCAGUGACACAGAUACUGAGGGUGGGAGCGGUUCUGCAAUGGAACCUGCAGAUUUAAGCAAAGGUAAAACAGAUCCUUAUGCAGCAAUUGCUGCUGGACCAGACCAUCCUAAACUUCCUCCCGAUCUAAAGAUCUCUCCGGGUGGAGCUGAAGGAGAAGCACCUCCUGUUGUGCCAGUGGGGAUGUCUGAUGAUAACAAGGCUGGCCCGGAAAGCGACGAGGGACCGCAUCCUCAGAGUCCUGAUGAACCCAGUGAAGCACCAAGUCAACAAGAAGGCAAAGACGACUCUGAAGAGCCAGACAACCCCAUGGUCAAGCAAAUGCAACAGCAAGCUAUGUCAGUUAUACAAGAACAGAUGCAAAACCAGUUCAAGGCUGCCAUGCAGGCUGCCAAGGGAAUGCCAGGCAUGGGAGGAAUGGGAGGAAUGGGAGGAAUGGGAGGUAUGGGAGGAAUGGGAGGUAUGGGAGGUAUGGGUGGAAUGGGGGGUAUGGGUGGCAUGCAAAGUAUGGAAGGAGGAAUGGGAGGAGGAAUGGAUGGCAUGGGCAUGGGUGGCAUGGGUGGCAUGGGCGGUAUGGACAGUAUGGGUGGAAUGGGAGGUAUGGGAGGAAUGGCUGGCUUCGGAGGAAUCGGAGACAUGGGAAUGGCAGGAAUGUAUGGCAACCGUAUGGCAGGAAUGGGUGAGAUGGACAACUUUGCUAACAAUGCCUAUGAAAGGGACAACUUAAGGAGCAAUGAUGGAUACUUGAACGAUGUCAAUCCUUAUUUCGCAAGAGGAUUUGGUGAAGAGCUAAGGGGGCCUAUGGGGCUAAGGGGGCCUAUGGGGCCAAUGGCUCCUAUGGUGGACGAAUCUGCAGUUGGACGAGAUAAAGUUCCAUUAGGAUACGAGGAUCGAGAAGUUCCUUACUUCCGUCGUUUUCAUAGACAUCGUUACUUUGACAACGAUGAGGACUUUGACAAUGAGGGAUUGGACGACGAUGAUGACCAACCAUAUUUAGUUCCUACCCAUGAACAUGCUGACUUUGAAGAACCUUUCGACGAAGGCCCGGAGAACGAAAUGGAUGACGGCUACGAUGCGCCUUAUGAUAGAAAAACAAAAAUAGCAAAAAUCGGAAAGCUUAAUAAGAAAGAAAAGAUAAAACACAUCAGCCAUAAGACAGGCAAAGGAAGCAAAAGACAACCAACUGUGGCAUCAAAGAAACAUGUGACUGAGAAGCGAGGAAAAACAUCAGGUGUGAACACUGAUGCAGCAACUCCUGAGAUGUUUUACAAUUCUGCAAUGAAACAAAUGCAACAGCAGGCGAUGGCAGGGAUUGAAAAACAGAUGCAAAACCAAUUUACCAGUGCUUGGAAAAACGCUCAUGGAAUGGGAGGAAGACCAAACAUGGGAGGUGGAGGGGGAAUGGGAGGAAUGGGAGUAAUGGGAGGAGGAAUGGGCGGUAUGGCUGCUAUGAAUGGAAUGGGUGGAAUGGGAGACAUGAACAAGAUGGGAGGGAUGGGAGGGAUGGGUAGAAUGGGAAGUAUGAACAGAAUGGGAGGUAUGGGUCAAAUGCAAGAUAUGCCAGGAGGCAUGGGACCAAUGCAAUCCAUUCCUGGAGGUAUGGAAAAUGGUGGUCCUAUGAACGACAUGCUUGAAGGCUUGGGAGGUAUGGGACCAAUGAAUGACAUGCCAGAAGGCUUAGGAAAUAUGGGAAAUAUGGAUUGAGCUGGUGGUAUUGAUGGAAUGGGAGGAAUGCCAAGUAUGGAUGGAAUGAACGGAGGGAUGAUGGGUGGUGGACAAGGCAAUGGAAUGAAUGGAUUAGGAGGAAUGCAAGGUAUUGAUGGAUUCACCGGGAUAGGUAAUCCUGGUAUGACAAGUAUGGGUAACACACCUAAUGGCUUAUUCAGAAGGGAGUUUGAAACCAGAGCUAAAGGAAAAUACAAUCAUCAUUACCAGAAAUUUAAAAUUACAAAGUCCAAGAAAAGCGCAAAGAAGGUUAAAAAUAAAUCCCUUUAAAUAUGUUUAACUACUCAACCAGAAAGUUGUAUCAUUAAAGUUAGAAACCUGAAAACUUGAAAUUGCUUAUUGAGGAUAUCACAGACAUUAAAAUGGCAUAAUGAACUUUAAGGCUUUGUGAAAUCCUAGUAUAUAGUUUUUUUUAAUUGCCAGAACGUAACAUCAUCUACGUAUGUGACAAGUUACACUACAUUUGACCAGUUCCACUGUAACCAAAAUAUUUUAUUAAUAAUAGAACGAAUAUUUCAUGAAACAUUGCUGUAUCAUGAUCAUAACGAGAAGACGAAAUUGGCACUUUUAGUUCAUGCUUGUUGGAAUUGUCUUAAAACGGGUAGUAGGAGGGAUGUAAUGAAGAAUUACUUGUCCUCGAAUGUAAAUCUACAUUGUAUGAUAAAUAAAUUUACAUUGAGAACUGA